GCGCGAGGAGCCGGGUAGGCAGAUGCACGCAUAGUUUUAAUGUCCUCUGAAAUAAAGAAAGCUGCUUGAUACAAGACAUCACUGCUCAGCGACAACAUGAGUCAUCUCAACCCGGGUCUUAUUGCAGCGUACAAUAGUUUAACGGACAGACAUCUGACUGGAUACUUCAACAAUGUGAGAAUACGGAGACAUCUUCAAAAAGUCGGACUGAUCACCCGGAGUGGACGGAUUGUUCCGGAUAAGGAGUACAAACACAAAAUGAUCCAGAGAGCACAUCAGAGACAUGUCAGAGAGUGUCUGGCUCAAGCCAUCUUCCACAAGGUGCUAGACAUGGAGCGUCUUCAUCAAUCAGAGAUCAAAAGAAAACUGGAAGAAUUUGCACGGAGGGAGCAAAUGAACAAAACUAAGACCGAACGCUCCCGGAGAUGUGAUGAGGAACCAAUGCUCAUGUUGUCACCUCGGCCACCCACGAGGCCAAAGAUCUCUCACGCGCGGCAUUCUGGACCUGAGGGGGAGAAUUCUGAGUCAACAGAAUCUCCAAAUUCCUCCCGGCCCAACACGGCUCCAGGGAAUAUCCAGAGACCCGUUCGACUCAAGCCGCUGAACAGCAACAGUGCCACGGCCUCUCUGAGGAGAACCUCCCCUCGACACAGACUGCGGGAGCGGGACUCCUCCAAUGACACUGAUCAGCCCCUCCGUUAUAUGCUGGACAGAGACACCAUGAGACACACGACCAUGACAGACUUCUCCAGUACCAUCUCGCCCUACAGUCUUCCUGUUAUAAACAACUACGUGACCCCCGUGCCUCCCCUCACGAAGAAGAAAGACAGAGGCACAAGAGCGAAUGGAACACACAGAGGUCGAAAGUUAAGACCCACAACAGCACCAACAGAGCCACCCUCCGCUCUGCAGAGAACGUCCGCCCAGAGUAUGGUAUCAGUGAGAAUGGUGUAUUUUGGGAAAAGUGUCCACCUGUCUCAUGAUCUGAUGGACCUCAGAGAUGAGGUGAAGGUCUUCCAGCAGCACUGCGGAGGAGAAAAUCUCUGUGUCUUCAAAGGGAAGCUAACAGAAGGAGAAACAUUCCAGCUUGUGUCGAGACGCCAUCAGGGAUUUCCCUUUAGUCUUACAUUCUUCCUGAAUGGCCUGCAAGUGGAGCGGCUCAGCUCAUGCUGCGAGUUCAAACACAGGAAAGGCUCUCGUCUCGGGGGCAGACAUGGACACUUUGGUUUUUGCAGUGUGGAGGGAGCGUCUCCCUGUUACAAGUGUAUUAUUGCCAUGGGCUUGGACAAAAAACCCACGCCUCCUGUAAAAAGAGUCAAAGAGGAGCCGGCCACCUCUAAAUCCCCUGAUGAGGAGGAGACCACAGAUGUAGAUGAGGACAUAGAGACACAUUCUAAUACAGAGCCUCGUGCAUCCCAGGGAAUGGAAACAGAUCACAAUGGAGUAACCGCAGAACAAAAAAAGCGCAAAGAUGACUAUGAAGAAGACUUUGAGGCAGAUGAUAAAGGGCCAGUUGAAGAUGCUGAAGAUGCAGUGGAAAAGCCAUCUUCUGUUGCCAAUGAUGAAGUGAAAGAAACUGAAAGCAGGGAUGAACAUGACCAAAGUGAAAAUAACAAAGAAUCUGACAGUGAAGUUGAGGAAGCCAGUACAUCUAAAGUUCAAAGGUCACCGUCUGUCUCAUCUGGCCGAACGUCCAGUUUGUCCAGCAGAGACAGUGACAACAGUGAAAGGGAAAUCGAGGAUGACACCAAAGAAGUCACAACAGCUGUUCUAGAGCAGAGCUUCGACGUUCAACCGGAAGAAGACCUUACCACAAAGAUGGAAGAAUCCAGCUCUGUUACUGUGCCUCAAGAGGAGGACUCUGAGACACAGGACAGUCCGCUGGAGAAGAGCGAAUUAGAAAUGUCAGUAGAUAUAGAGAAGAACGAGCGCACUGAAGGUGAGGAGGUCGGCGAGGAAGCCAAACCCGACGAUAUUCCACAAGAACCUGAAUCUGAGAGAGCAGCCACGUCAAUACAGGAGAAGUUGACUGAGGCCAUUUUGAAGGAAUCUCAAUGUAGUUCAGAGGCGGAACUUAGUGACACAAGCACAGAGGAAGAUGAAGGGGCCUCGGUAAAGACCCAACAAGGAGCAGAAAGGGAAAAUGCCGUAGGUUUCACCUCACCACAACCACCAAACACUCAGGAAGAUAUUCAAGAGGAAAAUGAAACCAACACACAUGAGGCUGCGUGUGAGACGUCGCAUGGUGAUGAUGAAACAGGACAGCCUGAGAAAGAGGAGACAAACACACAAAUGCCUCAUGCCCAAAAAGACGAGGACGAAGAAAAACAGUCAAUAAAGAAUGAGGAGGUGACUGCUAACUUAGACGAGAAACAGGAGAUAAAGGAACUUGAGAGAACAAAUGAAGUUGAACAACAAGACGAACAGAUUGAAGUUCAGAUUGAGACUGAAGCUAAUAUCAACAGUGACAGCCAGGACAUACAAGAAGAAGUCAAGGAUGAGGAUAAAGAAGAACCCCAAACACAUGAUCAAACCCUAAACACUGAAAAUACAGGUCAUGAAGAUACACCAGCAAUAGAAAGUGAGCUUCCAGAGGUAGCCGAAGAGCCUGCGAUAGAGAAAGAGGGUUCGGUAUCUCAUACUGAGAAUGAUAAAGAAACAGGUGUCGCUGAUACUGAGAGGAAAGCAGAUGACGCAGAUCAGAGCAAUGAACGGCCAGAUGGAGAUGAAAGAGACGACCUAACAGAUGAGGCUGGUGAUGAUGGGUCAACGGGAGAAAAGAUCCAGGACACAGAUGACGUGAUGGAUGAUGCCGGUUCUGUUAUCAAGCUGGAAGGUGAAGAAAAGUCUAGCGAGGAGAAAGGUGAUAGUGCAGAGGAAGAUGUGAAGGACGAGGAGGAGAAGGAAGAGGAAGACAAGGUGAUAGUGGAGGAGAUUGCAGAGAAGGAAGGUGAAGAUGAGAGUAAAGAUCUGGGAGAUGCUGGGAAAGCUAUUGAAGGUGAGGAAGAAAACAAGGGUGUGGAAGAUUUAAAAUCAGAAGAUAAGGAUAAAGAAAGAAUAGAGAGAGAUGAUAGAGAGGAGUCUGGUGAGGUUGAGCUUCAAGAAAAUAAGGAGGAUCAAGAUAUGAAGGCAGAUGAUACAGAAAAUGAUAAUGAUGUAGAGAUAGAAAAAGUGGAUGUGCAUGAGGGACAGAAUGAAAGUGAAGAUGGAGAACAGGGUAGAAAUGAGAUUUCAGAAGACGAAGGGCCAAAGAGUGAGAAUGAGGUUGUAGAAGAAACUGAGAAAGUGAAUAGCGAAAUGAUGGAAAACAGGGAACAGGAGGAAAAUGAGAAUGAGGUGGAGGAAGGAAACAGAGAUGAGAUGGCAGAGCGAGAAGGUGAGGGUAUGACAGAAAACUUAACAUUUGAGGAAGAGGAGUCAAAAAAAGAAGAAGAUAUAAAUGAGAUUGGUGAGAAUGUAGAUGAGAAGGAUGAAAACAAGGAGGUCAUGUCACAUGAAAAUGUAACAGAAAAACCAGAAGACAACGUUACUGGGGACCAAAAUGAAGAAUUGGUUUUACAGGAAGAACAAAAUGAGAAAGGUUACAAAUAUUAUUCCAAAAAUAAUGACUUGUCAGGAGACGUAGAUGCUGAAAAUGGAGAGACAGAGAAUGCCAGAAAAGAGGAUGUUGAGAAGCAAGAGGAUGAAGAGAUGCAAGACAAACUAGAUGGUGAGACAACUGCUGGUCCGGCUCAAGAUGUUACAGAUGAUAGUGAAGCAAAGCCAGAGAUUAAUGAAGAUGUGAGAGAAGAUGCUGAAGUUCACUCAGAGAAGGUGGUGGAUGAUAAAUCUAUGACAGAAGAGGCCGAUAAAGAAUCAGAAACCUCUGCAAAAACAUUCAUAGAAAAUAUAGUCCCUGAGGAAAUGGAGACGACCAACAAGAUUCCAGAAGUUGAAGGCACAACAGAGGAACAUAAUGAUAUGGAGAAAGAACCAAAAGAUGCUGACAUGAGAAGCAGAGAUGCUCCUGAAGGGAAGGACAGUGAACCAGGGGAACCUUUGGAGAAUUCUGUUAAGGAAGAAGAAGAUAGAUCCAUGUCGCAUUCUGUGAAAUCUCAGCCUGCGGAGAACGUGUUCAAAAAUGAAGAGAAGAAUCUGAGCAUUGAUUCAGAAGAGCCAGCCAUUCGUCCAGCAGUUUUAGAUAAAGCAGCUGGGGUUGAUCUUGUGAGUAACUGGAUUAACAUUCACCAAGCCUCCAGAUACUUUCAGACAUUUAUUGAACCUGUCGAUGAAAUCAAAGAGAGCUCCAUCUCAGAUGAAACCGAGAAGGAUCGAAACGGUGAAGUAUUAGAUGUGACGGAUACGCAAAGUACUGAUGAAAUUGCAACACCAGUACAGAGUGAUCUCAAUGAGAACACAGGGCAUGAUACUGUAGUCGAAAGUUUUAUAACAGAGAAGAAACCUGAGGACUUAGAGGAUAACAUAACGCAAGAGGAAAAAGUCAAGGAGGGUGGAGAUAACAGAGGUUCUUUGGUCACUAAGUGGUCAAGACAGAGUCAUGAUGAUGGUGAGAUUGACAGACGAGAAGAUUCCUCAUUAAACAAUGUCGCAAAGGUACAAGAUCUUGCUUCUGAAUUGAAUCCAAACUCUCAAGAAGAAUCAGAACAAAAGAAGCAACAAACUACUACUGAAGAAAUUACACAGUUGUCCUCUGUAUCUCAAACCGAGGAAACAAUUGACAAAGAGAUCCUGGACACUUCAGAACACAAUGUAAAAUCUGAGCACGAGUAUAUUGAAGCGCAGAGUCCGACAAUAACAGUCAUUACAGACCUCACCAUUGUCAAUAAAUCUGAAAAUGGGAGUCAAGAUGAUACCGCAAGUGUAGACGUCCGUUCCAAGCAGUCGGAUGGAAACAGGAGAACAAAAGUCAUUGACGGUCAUUUCAAACAGAGUGUCAAUGACACGCUAAGCACUUUCUCACUAGACGACUCCAGGUUUUUUGGGCCUGCCGGAUAUCCCAGAUUGACGACUGCUCACACAGAGAACAGUUACUAGUAUGUACACAAAACAGACAAACACAGAAUAAAAUGAAACCUUACGUUUUGUCUACACAAAUGCAGAGCACAGCAGCAAUGCGAGUGUAGACUGUAGAUCUGUAUGUUAACCAUAUUGACUCAUAUUGAACAUAGCCUGAGAUGCUGGAAUAGCGUUAAGAAUGAAUAAACAAACCAUUGACUCAUAUUGACUCCUGUGUGCUUAAAGGGAGGCUUUCAACAGCCCACUGAAAAUAGAAACCACGUACACAGCACAAGUUUUUUAAUAAUUCAUGAUUUAGAGCCCUCCUGUUGGUCAGACUGUAUUAGCAGAACAUCAGACGCAUGUCAAACACACAUGCCUUAAAGGAAAAGUUCACCCAAAAAUGAAAAUUCUGUCUUCAUUUAUUCACCCUCAUGUUGUUCCAAAUCUGUAUAAAUUUCUUUGUUCUGAUGUUUGCAUAUUACGAUAUUUGCAAACAGUUCAUGGCCACCAUUGAGUACCAUAUAGGAAAAUUGCUUUAUAAAUUACUUUGUGCUGUUGAACACAAAAGAAGAUAUUUUGAAGAAUGUAGGAAAGCAAACAAUUCCGGGGCACUUUUGACAACCAUUGUCAUUUUUCCUACUAUGAUAGUCAAUGGUGGCAAAGAACUGUUUGCAAAUAUAUAAUUAUGAACAAGUUUCAAGAUGUUCUCGUGAUUUUACACAGAAUUAUUUAUUAGUAGCCACAUAGUUUAAAGAUUAGCUUCUUUGGUUCACACGUUUUUAUCUCUUUUAUAAAUUAUUGAUCAUAAUUACUUUGAGUUAUUGUAGAAGAGAAAGGAUAACUCGAUGCACAAGGCCAAACUUCUCCAGUAAAACAGUGCUAUUAGAUGACAUCACUCACUAUCGGUUUGGACUGGUUGUCGACUUCCUGUUACUCAAUGGCUUGUUUGUCUACAAAUGCUGUGAAUGUUUCCUUUUGAAAUAAG